AUUUUUUCUGUUUAUUGAAUCAUCUUAUUUAUAUCUCUUAAUUUAUAUUAUUUACAGCCUUUUUUAACCAGUUUUUAAAUAAAAACAUGUCUGACUACGAAGAAAAAGCCCUUCUCAAGGAGUUCGAAGAGCUUGAAAGCAAACUAAAACUAAAGCUUUCCCAGCCAAUCCUGAGGGAAACCAAGUUGACCUAUGCAAUCCGCUUAGCCCUAAUAAAAGGCCACCUUUACCACCAGUGCAAAUUUACCGACAAAAACCCCGAGGUGCAAAUUUUAAAACAAUACAUGCGGGAGUACGAGGCCAAAAUAAAACAUAUUGAAAAGGCAAAAAACACAUGGCAGAGUGUCGUUGAUCUUUACAAUAUGAAGAGUGCAGAGCUUUGCUAUAACUAUAAGCGCGGCAAGGUUGAAGAUAAGGAAGUGGUUACGGACGCGGAGGAUGAUUUGACGCGGAUGUGGGACUGGCUUGAAAAACAUAAUACUGACUGGCAAACGGCUAAAACAGAGUAUGACGAGGUCAGGGAAAAGCUCAAGACGCUUAUUGAUGAGUACAGAGAUGCAUAUGAGCUUGCCAGAACAGAUUAUUUGGAGUGUUAUAGUUGAUUAAAUCACCAAUAUGUGCACUCUUUUAGCGUGUCAUACAAAAAACUCCAAAAGUAUAUUUAUUAUUUUCCAAUCUUUAAAUUUUCAUUUGAAUAAUAAUUUCAACAUCAAAUGUAUUUAUCAAUUUUUUUAUCUUUUCUUAUUAAAGGAGAAAACUAUAUAUGCAAUUACAUGGCAGCUAUCAUUUGUAAUUUUCUUAUAUAAAAAAAGUAAGCUCUAGUUAUUCAAUUUUGGUGUUCUUAAUAUAUAUUACUUUCUCCUUAUGAGUGAUUGGUUAUAUGUUGCAUUUUAACAAAUAAAAAGGAAUGAUAUAAACUAUGGAGCAGUAACGCAUUAAAUAAUUUUUAAUUUGACUAUCCAUACACGGGCUCAUAUUAUAAACAGCUGCAACACCUUACUUUCAAAUUGGGCUUACUGUUUGCCUUUGCU